AUGUGCAUGAUCAAAGUGCGCCCCGAGAUCGAAGAACCCGCCGUCGUCCCCGCGCGCGUCAUCCGCCACAACAGCAGCGCCCGCCGCAACAGCACCCACGGCUCCCGCCGCUCCCACACCUCCAUCCGCAACUCGCGCAACCGCUCAUCCCGCUCGCGCUCGCGCUCCCGUGACCGCGAAACCACAACCGUCAUCGAAACAAUCAAAAUGCCGCCGCCCCCACCCGCAACCCACAGCGUCGACCGCACAGAGACAACCCACACAAUGAUCAUCCAGGGCGGCGCCGCCGCCGCGCCCCCGAGCGACUCGCACUGGGGCAGCAGCGGGUCCCCGCGCGCCAGCGUCAUCAGCACGCGCAGCAACCGCGACGUCGACUACUACGUCGACUCGUCGGCCAGCCACGCCGGCGGCCGCUCGCCGCGCGCAAGCGGCAUCCGGUACGUCGACGGCGGGCCGCGCGGGUCGACCCAUCGCAUCACGGACGGCGCGGGGAGCAGCAGGGGCGAGCUGGGGUACUCGGGCAGCCAGCGCGGCGGUGGCGGGGAGCGAUACGGGUACAACAAUUUCCAUGGGAGAAGGUCCGGGAGUGUGUCGUAUGUGAAUCCGCGCCAUUCGGCGGUGUCGCAGCGCUCGAGGGAGACGAGGGAGAAGGUGGUGGUCGUGGAUGAGCAUGGGAAUGAGAGGUACUAUUAG